AUGAGGAACCAGCUACUGCUCCUUUCUGCCCUCACGGGCGCUACCGGCGUGGCCGCCCGCGACAUCCCUUCCAACAUUCAAAACUUCUACAAUGCCUUGAAGGCUCAAGGCGACUGCAAGAACAAGCUUGGCGCGGGCUUUUACAACGAUCACAGCGAUACCGGUGCUGGCACCGUUGACUACUGUGGCGAUCACCUCUCCGACUACCGCGUCAUCUACUUGAAGGGCAAAGGCCAGAACUUCGCGGACAUGGACAUCGACUGCGACGGCGAGCAGAACGGUAUUGGUGAUGACGGCCGGUGCAACUUUGACAAGAGCUACCAGCCCAUCACUUCCUUCCAGUACAUUGUCAAGAAGUACAACAAGGGGAUUAACGAUCUCAAUGCUUACGUCCAUCCUUAUGUUGUGUUCGGAAACUCAGGCAAGAAGUCUGGCUGGAAUACCUUCGACCCCCGCGCGUACGGGGUCGAGCCCCUCUCUAUCAUGGCUGUUGUCUGCAAUAACAAGCUGAUUUAUGGUGUCUGGGGUGACACAAACGGCGAUGGCGGCAAGCACGCCGUUGUCGGUGAGGCGUCCCUCUCCCUGGCCACAGCCUGCUUCGGCAAGGAAAGCGUCGACGGUGACCAUGGCCAUGAUCCAGAGGAUGUCUUAUACAUUGCAUUCCCUGGCCCUGAUGCAGUUCCUGGUGCUGAUGGCGCAAAGUGGAAUGCUAAAAGCUAUGAGGAGUUCGAAGCUUCGAUUGAGGCUCUCGGUAACAAGCUGAUCCAGCGCAUCGGUGGCGGCAGUGAUAGUGGCUCCGGCUCUGACUCUGGGUCCGGCAGCGGCAACAGCAACUCAGCCCCUGGCUGCAGCUGGGCUGGUCACUGCGAAGGUGCCACGUGCAGCACCUACAAUGACUGCUCUGACGACCUAAUCUGCCACAAGACCAAAAAGGUCUGCACCAAGCAGGAUUGUAGCUGGCCCGGCCAUUGCUACGGUGCUGUUUGCUCGACCUACAACGACUGCGCUGACGACCUUGUCUGCGUUGCCGGCUUCUGUCAGCCUAGCAUCGUCACAACCAAAGCCUCCAGCACUACCACUGCGAAGCCGACCAGCACGACCACUAGGACGACCACCGUCACAAUGACUCUAACUCCUACCACUAAGCCGACGAGCACCAAGACGACCAGCACAGCCAAGGCGUCUGCGACACCCAAAUAUAUCUGCGAGUGGCAGGGUCACUGCGAGGGUGCCAAGUGCAGCACCCAUGAUGACUGCAGCGGUGAACUGAUCUGCCAUAAGACUAACAAGGUUUGCACCAUGAGUGGCUGCCAGUGGCCUGGUCACUGUUUGGGGGCUACCUGCUUUACUCAUGAUGAUUGCUCAGACCCAUAUGGGUGUGUCAGUGGCAUUUGCUGGUAUGUUUAA